AUGGGCUAUCAAUUGUUAACUAUACAUUGUAUGAUUCAGAACUAUUCCAUACCCGUUGUUUAUGUUUUAAUAGAGAGUAAAAGCAGGAACUCUUAUGAUUGUGUUAUUUGGUUCAUAAAACAUAAUCUGGUACCAAAUUUAACUCCUGAAAUUAUAAUAACCGAUUAUGAAACAGCUUUGAGGGAUGUGCUGAUAUCCGUUUUUCUAGGAGCUCGGUCAGUUGGGUGUUGGUUUCAUCAUAAUCAAGCUGUUUGGAAAAAAAUGCAAAAAUUGGGUUAUUUACACCAUGUUAAUCGCAACGAAAAUGCAUUAAAAACAUUAAAAUUACUAUUAUGCUUACCAUUAUUGUCUGCUCAAGACAUGGAUGCAGGAUUUAGAUUAAUCCGAGCUUUUGCAGUAAAUCAUAGGGUACAUCUGGAAAGAUUGUUUAGUUAUUACGAAAGAUAUUGGUUACAAAAUAUUGGGCCAGAUAUUGUGUCAGUAUAUGGUUUACCACGACGGACCAACAAUAAUAUAGAGAGUUUCCAUAAUGCAUUAAAAUUGAAAUUCACAGUCUCACAUCCAAGUUUAUGGGUAUUUUUAGGACAUUUAACCAGCACAAGUAGUAACUACCACAUUGUUGUUCAGCAACUACAUAACAACUUGCGUCCCACUAGGUAUUUGAGAACCAAAUUAUUGGCCAAUAGUAGACGAAUUAAAAAUGCUUCAGAGCAGUAUGAUUUGAGACUUAUUUCAGCAUGGCAAUUCCUUCAAAUCUGCUCACAUGUUACUGGAGCAUAUGAACUGAGACAGCGAAAUUGGGCUUUAUGA